GCCGAGUGUUGGCCAGUUCUUGGCAGAGCUGGGCUGUGAGGUCAUCAAAGUUGAAAGUCCGAGUGGAGACGUCACACGAACGUGGUACACAGGCAAGCACGAUCCACAGCCAUCGAGCUAUUUUCAAGGCUGCAACCUUGGCAAAAAGGGCGUGGCGUUGACGUUAAACAAGAAAGGAAAUACUACAAAGAAUGGCCUUGAUGAUGACUACGAUCACCUUCUAAAGCUAGUCUCUACCGCGGACAUCGUACUGGCGUCGUACAAGCCUGGCGACGCAAAGAAGCUUGGAGUCGAUUUCGAAACACUCCGAGCGAAAGCGAACAGUGUGGGGCUUAUCUAUGCCCAGAUUACUGGAUAUGGAGAUGCUGGAUAUGGAGAUCAGCAACAGGAGGUGGAGGUGGCUGAAGACGGACAUGAAGCAAGAACAAGUGCAGCAGCACGAGAAGAAGCAAAAUGUGUGCCAUCUUAUGUCUUAAGGCAGGAACAAAUACUCCUACAAGAGAAAUUAUUUUUGCCUCGGCGCUGCUGCUGAUAACUAUAACUACGUUGCGUCCGGUGGUUUACUGGCAGCAUGAACUCCACAUUCAGUACGUUGCGUCCGGUGGUUUACUGGCAGCAUGACCUCGGCAUUCCGUCACGAUCUCUAAUCCUCAGCAAUACCACUCGUCCCGGCUACGACGCCUGUAUUCAAGCGGAAGCAGGUUGGAUGCAUUUGAACGGAGAAGCCGAUGGACCCCCAACUAAGAUGCCUGUCGCACUGAUGGACUUGCUCGCAGCCCAUCAACUGAAGCAAGCCAUUUUGUUGGCGCUGUAUGAAAGGGAGAAGUGUAGAACUACAAGUAGAGGUGGUGCAUCUCAAUCUCCGGUCUGGCAAGGGAAAUUCCUCUCCGUUUCACUUCUUCGCGCAGCUGUGUGUUCGCUCGCGAAUCAGGGUAGCGCCUUCCUCUUAAGUGAAGGAAAAACAGAACCGAAGCGUCGAGGUUCAGAUCAUCCAAGCAUCGUUCCGUACGGGACAGUCUUCUACGACAAAGCGCGUAAGCCCUUCGUUCUCGCAGUUGGCACAGAUACACAGUUUAGGAAGUUG